AUGAAGUAUCUUUCCUUAGUAGCCGUCCUCUUCUUAGCCGCCGCUGCAGUCGCCAGACCUGCUCCCCAUAAUGACAAACGUGUUGCUGUACCUGAACAGGAAAAAAAGCGUAAUGCCUUACUCCACAAGCGUGCUCCUAAGCAACUGCUCUAA